AUGGCAGCUCCUACAGAUCAGCGUAUAGCUGUUCCUAUUGAUGACCCCAAUGCUGAUACAGAAUGGAACGAAAUCCUGAGGAAACAUGGUGUCAUCCCCGAGAAACCACCCAGCCCAACUCCUAUGAUCGAAGAGGCGAUUCUCGAAGGCCGAAGAUUAGCACACGAGAACAGGCUCGAGGGCAAGGACCUUGAUGAGCUUGACGAAUUAGAGGAUGACGAGGACGAGGACUUUCUGGAGCAAUAUCGCCAGAAGCGGAUGAGGGAGCUGAACGCAUUAACAAAGAAGUCUAUACACGGCGAUGUCUACCCACUGUCGAAGCCGGACUACUCGAGAGAGGUUACUGAGGCUUCCAACAAUGGUCCAGUGUUCGUCAACCUAACAUCGCCGUCUGGCACAAACGUUGAAUCGCGAGUUCUGUCACAACUUUGGAAACAAGCUGCAAAGGAGUACGGGGACAUCAAGUUCUGUGAAAUGAGGGCAGAUCAGGCUAUCGAGGGCUACCCAGAGCGCAAUUGCCCGACGAUCCUGGUCUAUAAGAAUGGGGAUAUUGUCAAGCAAGUGGUCACACUGGUCACGGUUGGAGGCGUACGUAUGAGCAUGCUUGACUUGGACAAGAUCUUAGUGGAAGUUGGGGCGGUCCCCGACACAGACAUGAGGGUUCUCAAGAGGCGAAGGGCAGCCGAGGAUGCCGAAGAGGAACGGGCUAUGAGCAAAGGCAUCAAGAGCAGUGUAAAGUCUAACAAAGACGACGAUGACGAUGACUGGGACUGA